AUGGCGGCGUUCUCAAGCCACCAGCUCUUCUUCUUCCGCCUCUUCCUGGCCCUGAUCCUCCCCAUCGCCACCCGCGGCUCGGAAUCAAUACUCUACCAACAAUGCGAGAAAAACUUCACCAAAAAUGAAAAGUUGCAGGACAAUAUCAACAACGUCCUUCUCGACAUGGUCGCCCAGAGUUCUCUUCAAGGCUACGCGAUCUCCUCCUACGCCAAUAAUACCUGCGAAUCUGUCUAUGGCGUCACACGAUGUGAACCAGACAUGAGCGUGGAAGAAUGCUCUGCUUGCAUCACCGGCGCAGCUCAGAAGAUCCGAACCUCCUGCCCUGAUUCGGCCGAGUCUCACAUUUGGUAUGAAAAUUGCUUCCUUCACUACGACACCACCAACUUCAUCGGCAAGGCGGACAAAAGGUACGGCUCUGUGUGGUUUUCGUUUUACGCUGCUGCAAAUCCCAAGGCAUUUGAACAAGCACUAGGUGAGCUAAUGGGGGAGGUGAUUGCGGAGACGGUGCAAGGGAGGAAGAAGUUUGGUUACGGGGAGAAUUAUGCGAACGAAAUUAAGCUGACCGUGUAUGGAAUGGCACAGUGCACGCGGGACCUUGGGGAGAGGGAGUGCAACGAGUGCCUGGAAGAAGGGUUGGAAAUUAUGACAGAUUUGUGCAGAGAGCAGGUGGGUUGCCGUUUCUUCGGUAGCAGCUGUGCGAUAAGGUACGAGAUCUACAAGUUCUCCUCCUUCACUUCUACGGAUGAUGGUGCUGCUGCGCCUGCUCCAUCUCCUUCGAUAAUCUAA